AACUGUACAGCCCGACCAUGUCGCAUUCCUCCGUAGCCACUGGCUCCAGCACAGCUCGAGUCGCCCACCCCCCACGUGCAGUUGCGCUGGGUUUCGCCAGAGCGUCGCCUUGGCACCGAGGCGAUGUUCGGCGGCACCGACUCGUACGGCAAGGUGAGCCUGAGCGGUGCCGGACGCGGCAGGCAGAGGCAGGGCAACGAGAGCCGAGACGUGUUCUUGAAGAGGCAGCACCGAGAGCGGGAGGAGCGCGAGCAGAAGCGCAUCCGGGAGAAGUCAGCCCUCUCCAUCCAGUCUGCAUUCAGAGGCUGGCGCAGCAGGCAUGCCGUGGGCGCAGGCCACAGGGCGCUGUUCGACAAGCGGUGUGCCGACCUUGCCAAGGUAGAGCACCUACUGCAGCCAGAGCAGCGCGCGUCCGUCGUCUUCCGCGCCCUGGCGUCGCUGCUACGGUUGCUCGCCUUCUCCUUCUCGGCCCGGGAGGACAGAGCGCGGCUGGCGAAGGCCGUCGAGAUGGUGCGCUUCUCGGCGUCCCAGGCCGCGCAGGCCAACUUCCUGCGGCUGGCGCUCGCCCCUGACACCGCGGAGCGCAGGAGCUCCCUGGUGCUCCUAGAGCGGCUGUUCGCGGCGCUGUUGCAGCUGGGCGAGGCCGGGGAGGCCGCGCAGCUCCUGCGGCUGCUCCAGGGGGCGCUGUGGGCGGACGGCGACGCCGCCCCGGAGGCCGCGCGCCUGCGCGGCGCCGCCGUGUCGCAGCUGCUGAGGAGGACGGCGCUGCUCCCGGCCCUGUCGAGAGAGGCGCUGCUCGUCGAGCCAGGGGGUGCCGCGCAGACGGCGCCGGGCGCCGGCGCAGCCUCGGCGGCCGCCGCGGCGCCGGGGCAGGACGGAGGCCCAGAGCUGGUGCACCUGUGCUGCUGCGGCGUGGAGGCCACCGCGGGCCAGGAGCAGGUGCGGCUGGCGAUGUGCCUCCUCUCCGCGCCCCUGCUCUGCGAGCAGAUCUCGGGCCCUGGGAGGUCGCACCCGCGCUCUUACGAGGUCCUGCUGCGCGUCGCGAGAUUGGCGCCUCCGGCGCCACGGCGCGACGAGGACGCGGCGGCCAUCGCGAUGGCUCUGGGCGAAGAAGUCAGGGGCUCUUCGCGAUGGGCCUGGCUUCUCGGCAACUUCGUGGCCCUCGCCCAGGCGUUCCUGGACCGCGCGGACGCAGAGGCCGCCCGCGCGGCGCUGGCGUGGAUCUGCUGGGUGAAGGCGCGCGCGCCGUCGGCGAGCCGCACCGGCGCGUUCCCAGAGGGGCUGGCGGCGCUUCAUGGCCCGCACGUCGUGCGCUCCUUGCUGGCGAACGUUGAUCCUCAGGGCUCGAGAAGUCUCAUGCCCGUGGCCUUGGAGCUCUACUUCCCAGGCGCAUCACCCGAGCUGCUGCGGGCUGCGAGCGCGCGAGCGUACGUGCCUCUGCGCGGCUUUGUGGACUCGCUGGACCUACCGGCAGCCAGGGCUCACUCGCUGCAGAUGCUGCUGGCCUCCAGUGCCGUCGGCGCUGCCGAGCAGAUAUCCCAGGAGGCGUUGCAGUCACUGGCGUUCUGUGUUCCGAUCGUGGAAAGACUGGCCCCGCACGUCUCGGAGCUCGCGAGGUGCUCCUCGAUCGCGACGGCACUGAGAGUGCUGGGCUCCGACCGCGGCAGUGAGAGCUCUGCGACUCCUCACUUCGGCACGCUGCAGGCGAUGCAGCUGAUGGCUUUCUCCAGCGUGUACACGGUGCAGCUCCAGUCGCUGUACGACGCGGAGUUCUUCGGGGCCGCCAACCCGCUGAGCCCCGCGGAGGUGGGCCGGUUGGUGCCGUUCCUCAACAGGCUGGCCUACUGCUUCGUGGCGCAGUGGCCAGACCGCAGCGCGCUCACGCCGUUCGGCAGCGCCCUGCGGACCUCCCUGACCGCACUCGUGCGAGCCCUCUAUCGUCGGCAGCUGCGGAUGCCGAUCCUGGAGGACGCCAGCGGGACCACGGGGGCGCCCUGGUGGACAGUGCCGGAGGCCAGCGCCUUGCUCGCCAAGGCCCCGGUGGUCGACCUGGGCCUGGACCAGGCUCCCGCGGCCCAGGCAGACGACGACGCUUCAGGCAUGGACGUGGACGAGGACGGGGCCGACGCGGCGGCCGCCGCGCCGGCGGCGGCCGCGCAGAGGGAGCGCGAGGCCCAGCGCCGCAGGGCCCGGCUGGGCGGGGACAGCUCCGCCAGGCAGGUGCUGGAGGCGGUGCUGGAGGAGGUGCCACACGUGCUGCCCUUCCAGGACCGCGUUGCGCUGCUGCACAGCGUGAUCCUGGCGGACCAGAGCGGGCGCCUGGACGCCAGGGCCGCCUGGGCCAGGGCCGCGCUGCCGCAGCACCGCGUACGCCGGUCGUCGCUGGUGGAGGACGGCUUCGCCGCGUUCUCGGGCCUCAACGACGAGGACGAGCUCCGGUCCGUGUUCAAGAUCGAGUUCAUCGGACCCGACGGCGAACCGGAGAGCGGCAUCGACGGCGGAGGCCUCUUCAAGGAGUUCAUGGUCUCACUUGGUCGCACCAUCUUCAGCCCCGAAUUCGGCCUCUUCGCCGCGACGGACGACUGGACGAUCUUUCCGUCUCCGACGGCCUUCCGCUCCCAUGCAAACGCGUCGGAGCUGUACAGAUUCAUCGGAAAGGUUGUAGGCAAGGCGAUCUAUGAGAUGCUAUUACUUGAGCCGCAGUUUAGCCGGGUCUUCCUGAAUCGCAUUCUCGGCCACACCAACGAAAUCGACGACGUCGCCGCUCUCGACAAAGAGCUUCACCGGGGCAUGCGGCGGCUGAAGGAGCACGCCAGCGUCGAGGAGCUAGGCCUCACCUUCAGCAUCGUCGUGGGCACCGCCGAGGAGAUUGACUUGAUUCCCAACGGCCGCGACAUCGCAGUGACGAGGGAAAAUCUGACCCAAUACCUCCACGUCGUGGCCAACUUCAGGACGAACUUGCAGAUACAGAAGCACACGACCGCUUUCGUUCAAGGACUGCAGUGCGUCAUCCCGCUGUCGUGGCUGAAGAUGUUUGACCCGUACGAGUUGAACACCCUGGUUUCUGGCUCUUCGGCAGGCUUCGACGUCGCCGACCUCCGCGCGGCCACGGUCUACGGCGGCGACUACCACGAGGACAGCCCCGUAAUCCAGUGGCUGUGGACGCUGCUGCGGGAGCACCUCGACGUGGAGGACAUGGGCCGCUUCCUCAUGUUCACCACCUCGUGCAGCCGCCCGCCGCUGCUGGGCUUCGGGACCCUGCGCCCGAAGUUCUGCAUCCACAGCGUGCCCGACCCCGACCGCCUGCCGACCGCCUCGACCUGCGCCAACCUGCUCAAGCUUCCGCAGUACAGGAGCUUCGAGGCCCUGAAGGCGAAGGUCACGCAGGCGAUCCGCGCCGAGUGCGGCUUCGACCUGAGCUGAGGCCUCGCCUCCCGAGGCACAACGGGGGCAGGAGCAGGAGGACCAACAGCAGGCUGAUGACGACGACG